AGCCAAACUUGUUUCGCCCCUUUGCCUGGCGCCUCGCGCCGCUCACGCCGCCGCCAUGGACACCUUAGUGGAUCGCAUGCACCGGGAGAUCGAGGUGAUGACCAGGCGCCUCGAGUUGGAGAAGCGGCGCUUGAAGCGCCUCGAGAAGGAGCUGACCGCAGCGCAGAAGACGCAGAGCGUGAAGGAGAGCCAAGCGCGUCAGCGGCAGAACGCGCUGCGGCUGCCCACCCCCCGGCGCCCGCAGAGCGGAUCCAACUCCCGGGACCUGCCGCGGAUGUCCAUGGCGCGGCCCACGCUGACGGAGGGCCGUGCGACCAUCACGGCAGUGCCGCAAGAGGAGGAGGUGGGUUUGGUGCCCAUGAAGCAGCUGGUGGCGCAGAUGGAUUACCAGGUGAGGAAGCUGGAUACCGUGCGCCAUGAGAACGACGGCCUCAAGCAGGAUGUUCAGCAAAUUCGGAAGUGCAAGCGCCAGUUGGGCUUCAUCUUCCAGCGAUUGAAGAUUCAGAUCUCCCAUCGCUCCGACCAGAUCCGAGACUUUGUGGAAGAGGCUGCCCAAAGCAAGGCAGUCUACGCCGAGACCGAGCAACGCGUCGAGGUGAUGCAGCGCCAGAGGGAGGACGAGCGACGCCAGUUCACCGAGGAGGUCCUGCGCAUCCGCCGGGAUCUGCGGAAGCUCGAGGCCGACAAGCGAGAGGUGGAGGUGCGGCUGAAGCGCAUGGAGGGCGUGCAGCGGAAGAACUCCUUGAUCAUGCCCCCGGAGGAGACGGAGUUCUCCGAGUCCUCCAUGAUGCGGCGCAUCAUGAAGACGGCCUUUCUGAACUGCAUCCAGCGGCGCCACAUCAAGCAGCAUCAGAAGAGCAUCGAGAUCUUCGAGCAGGCCUUCGCGACGAUCAAGCAGUCCACCGGCAUCUCCGACAUUGCGGAGAUCGUGAAGAUCUUUGUGCACCUGGAGAGUAGGAACUUCUCGCUCCUCACGUACGUGAACCACAUGAACCGCGAGAUCGAAGCUUUAGAAGGUCAGCGGCGAAACCGGCGGGAUGGGGAGCGGCAGCUGAAGCGUCGGGAGGAGACCAACGAGAAGAACCGCGAGCUGGCACUCGGGGACAUGCAGAAGAAGCUUCGGGCCACCCAGAUGGCCAUGGAAGAUGACAAGGAGGCUUGGGACUCGCAGCGCUCCGUCUUGCACCAGAUCCUGCCGCAGAUGGAGCAGGUCGCGAAGCAAUUGGACCAGGAAUCGGGGCGACUGCGCCAAGCAGCCCGCGACGCAGAUGGCAGCGAGCUCCCAGCGAGGCCUUCCGACGAGCUGCGCAUGGACACGAUGCUCACCUGGCUUCAGUGGGUGGAGGAGGUUCUGAGCCGCUUCAAGGACCUUCUGCCUGUGGAGCCGGCGGCAAUGGUCAAUUUCUUCCCUGCCACGGCAGCCGGUUUGGUGAAGCAGCUUCAUCCGAAGAGGCCGCACCAGCCGCUGGCGCCUUUGGUCAAGGCUCAGGAUUUGCCGGCGGUGCCCGCCUUGGCAGAGGAGCAUACGCAAAAAAGGCAAGCUCAGAAGAUCGACCUGGAGGAGGACAGCGAGGAGGAGGGCUUCGAAGACCGGCCGCUGAUGAUCAAGGAGAUCCGGUCCAGGGCGGAGAUGGCGCAAGCCAGGAAGAACAGGACCCGAGACCAUCGACACAGCGUGGCCUUCCUGGAGCAGGACAACCCCACGGUGUCCUCAGGUCUUCAACUCUUUGCCCAGGAGGCUCGGAAGACGGAGACCUUUUCUACGGCGCCGGACUUGCACACCUCGCGGCGCAGCGUGGGCUUCUCUUUGGGUGCCACUCCAGAUACACAGCUCGAGACGCUGCGCCUGGAGGCUGCCAAGGAGGAAGGUGGCUCCAUGGACAGCGGCAGCGAAUCCCCUCCGCCGCGCAGCGCAUUGAAUCUGCGGGUACGUCAGUUGAUCGAAGUGGCGGCUGCCCAGCCAGAGGUGACACAGGACGACUUAGAUAUCUCCUUCCUCCGGAAGUACAAGAUGUCCCGACAGGAGCUCGAGGUCCUCGCAGGGAGGAUGGGGAUGGGCCUGCAGCACCUGUGCUUCCUGAAGACUCAGUUCGACCUUUUCGACCAGGACCAGAGCGGCUACAUCAGCGCUGCCGAGCUCCGGAACUUGUUCGUCAAGCUCGGGGAGGACAUCACCGAUGCGAACCUGGCGGACGCGGUCACGGAGCUGGAUACGGACCAGAGUGGCGAGAUCGAGUUCUUCGAGUUUGUGGAGUGGUUCUGCACGAAUUGAGCAGAGCUCGAGCGUUUCACUUCUUCGGCUGGUUCAAUCAGAGCUGGCGAUGAAGC